AUGGAGAGCAAGCGGCCGCAGGUGGCGGCAUCACUUAAACGGAAUGCCGUGGCUGCGCCGCCAACCUCUCGGGGUGGAUGGUGGAUCGGUGGCUUCCUUGUCCUGGCAUUAGCCCUCCUUGCUGCCUUCAUUAUUGCUACCUCCUCGUCCACACAACCCUCGGAGACUCGGCUCGAGGAGCAGCUGGCAGAAGUGCUGACACUACAUUGGAGCCGGGACAACCUGUCCAUCGCUGCCGAGCUCUCACGCCUGCGCACGCCGGUGCUCGUGAAAGGCAGCCAGGUGAAGGACUGGAAGGCGUUACAACUUUGGACGCCUCAAUACCUCGCCAAAAAGGUGUCGUUCUUGAAGAAUGCACGCAAUGGCACCGAGCCGCGCUUCAUCGGGGUGUCGACGAAGGAGGGCCUCAUGGACGUCUCGCUCCUCCACCCGGCCAAAGAGGCCGGCCGCAAUUUCCGCCUGCAGGACAUCCGCAUGAAGGACUUCCUCCUCCACGACCAGGCCAAGCCCAAGAGCGAGUACCACUACUACAGCGGGCCGAUGGCUUGGUGGCCCGGGGAACUCCAUUCGCACGUGAUGCCAAUCGACUUCCUCCAGGUCGACAAGGAGCUGGCCGUGGCCAGCGUGUGGAUGGGCCACGAGGGGAGGUGGACCUUGUAUCCUCCCGAGACCUGGUCGCUGUUCUAUCUGUACCCGCACCUCCACCCCAACUACCACCAGUCGCAGGUCGACUCCGCCAACCCCGAUCUCGAGCGGUUCCCCCACUUCGCCCGGCCCAACGGCCAGCAGGUCAUCCUCGAGCCCGGCGACGUUCUCUACAUUCCACCGUAUUGGUUUCAUCAGGUGGAGUCGCUCGACACGGGCAUCUCGCUGUCGGUCAUCUCGCCCUCCGAGGAGGAGCUCGUCUGGAACCAGAUCCAGUACUACCCGCUCCCCUUCCUGCCCAACAACGGCGACGACGGCGACCACGACGACGGCGACGAUGGCGACCACCCCGACAACCACGCCAUCCACGCCGGUGACGACGACGCGGCGGACUGGCCGAUGUUCCCGCACCGCGUGGCCGCGGCACGGCUCUACCUGCAGCACCUGAUCGGCCAGGUCAUCGAAGACCGCCAGACGGCCGCCGACUUUGUCGCCGAGGCCGUCAUUGAGCGGCGCUACGCCCCGCUCGCCGCGCGGCUCGAGCCCUUCGCCGACCCGGCCGUCGUGCACACCAUCGCCCGCCACGACUGCUUCCGCGGCGAACUCGACUUGACCGACGCCGACGGUAGAGGUGCGGGCUGGGAGGCGCGGGUUGCGGACUGGCGGCGGCGCGAGGUGGAGGUGAAGAAGGAGGUGCGACGGGCGGCCUACAAGCAGAGCCGGCUGCUGCGGGAUCUGGUAUCGUCGGUGUCCGACGGCGUCGGGGCCAUCGUGCUGGCCAACCACAUCGAACAGGUGGCCAACGCCACUGUCGGCGGCUGGCACAACGCCCUCGCCUUCCUCCGCCUCUGCUUCCCGCCCUCUUCUCCUGUUAUUUAA